AACGCCAAAAAAUACGCUUUCAAACCAAAAUGGAGGAUUUGUCGGUCGAGGUGUACGGUGAAAAUGGUGCUUAUUAUAAGGCCAUUGUCACCGACGUGCUCGACAACGAGGUUCUCGUAGCCUUUGAAAAUGACUGGCAGCCAGAAUCAAAAUUUCCCUUUUCGCAAGUGUUUCUACCGCCGAAAGACACCGGCAAGCAUACAGAGUUUGUGGAAAGCCAAGAAGUUGAGGUGUUCGCGAGAUCGAAUGAAAAGGAGGCAUGUGGGUGGUGGACGGCAAAUAUCAAGAUGAUGAGGGGUGAUUUCCUGGUCAUAGAAUACUUAGAAUGGGACAACUGCUACACAGAGAUAGUGCCAAAAGACCGCCUACGAGUAAAAACGCCCAAGACGCCUAUCGAUAAAACCACCUUCCACAAGUUUGAAAUCUCUGUACCAGAUGAUCUCAAGGACUACCUGCACGACAUGCACAGCGCCAAGGUGGAGAACGCGCACAAGGAGUUCCAGAAGGCCAUCGGCGCGGCGCUGGUGUGGUACGUGCCCGAGCGCGGCGCGCUGGCCGUCAUCUCGCGCUCGGACUCCUCGCAGCGCCGCGCCGCCAUGCUGCAGGAGAUGCACUUUAGGAACCUUACUCAAAAGCUGUUAUUAUUGAAAAAGACUGAAGAAGCAGCUAGACAAUUGGAGUCCACUAAAAUUCACAAUCAAGGAGGGUACACGGACGAGUUCAACGUGCGCGAGGACCUGAUGGGGCUGGCCAUCGGCACGCACGGCGCCAACAUCCAGCAGGCGCGCAAGGUGCCCGGCGUCACCAACAUCGAGCUGGAGGAGCUCUCCUGCACCUUCAAGAUCUGCGGCGAGACGGUGGAGGCCGUGCGGUCCGCGCGGUCGCUGCUGGAGUACGCCGAGGAGUCCAUCAAGGUGCCGCGCGCGCUCGUGGGCAAGGUCAUCGGCAAGAACGGCAAGGUCAUCCAGGAGAUCGUGGACAAGAGCGGCGUCGUGCGCGUGAAGGUGGAGGGCGACAACGAGCCGGCGCCGUCGGCGCCGCGCGAGGAGGGCAUGGUGCCGUUCGUGUUCGUGGGCACGCGCGAGAACAUCGCCAACGCCAAGGUGCUGGUGGAGUACCACGUGGCGCACCUCAAGGAGGUGGAGCAGCUGCGCGCCGAGAAGCUGGAGAUCGACCAGCAGCUGCGCGUGGUGAUGGGCGGCAGCGGCGCCUCGUACCCGCCGCCGCGCGGCCAGCCGGCGCAGCGCGCGCGCCGCCCGCGGCCGCCGCCCAAGAGCGGGCGGCGGCGCGACCCCCGCGACCCGCGCGACCCCCGCGACCCCCGCGAGGGCCGCGAGCGCGGCCCGCGGCGGCAGACCGACGACGAGAGCUCCGUGCUCGACAGCCAGGACGUGUCCAGCGCCGAUAGAGAGUCGUUGUCGUCGGAAGAGGGCCUCGGCGCCGGGGAGGCCGGGGAGGCCUCGGGCGCCCGCCGCCGCCGCCGCCGGAGGCCAGGCGGCGGGUGGAAGAACGGCGUGGCGGGCGCGGGCGCGGCGGGCGCGGCGGGCGAGGGCCCCGAGCGCGGCGCGCGGCCGCCCAAGCGCCAGGCGCCGCUGGCCAAGGCCAAGGCCGAGCCGCUGCUCAACGGCACCGCGUAGGCGCGCCGCGCCGGGCUGGGCCCCGGCGGGCCAAUCGGCGAUCCGUAACGUAUCCGGGCCCCGGCCGCCCCGGGCGCCGCCUCGGCGAAUCUCUUCGGCGCCCCGCGCGGCCCGAGCGGCCCGGGCCCUAGACUUACUCGUAUUAUGCUUUUCUAAGAGAUUCGCGAUUUGUAUUCCCGAUUACUCGAUUGUAUGAAAAAUUCAAGAUGUGUACGUCGCUCCCCGGACGAUUCCGCCGACCGCGGCCUUUCGGCACCUUUAUGGGAGAUCGGACAUACGGUACGUACGUGUGUCGUAGCCUGUACUCUGUGAACAUGUGAUUUCCUAUAAAAAUAAACAUUUCUGUACAUAUUUUCAAUCGUAUUUUUAUUUGUACAAAUAUUCCACCGAGGGCCGCUUCCGGCACGUUGCAGUUUAUAUAAAAAUAGUAUACGACUAGUGGAAUGUUUACGAUCUGACUGGACCGGCCGACGCUCGACUCGAAAGGUUCCCUCGGUCGGGUGGGAGAGGAGAGGCGAGGGUCACAUUUAUUGGUGUGAAUUUUUUAAAUUCUAAACGUGAUGAUACAUAUUACGAGUACAUAAAGUACAUAUUUACAUAAGAACUAACGCUAGGAUCAGUCAUUAUAACUGCGUGUGAUAUGCAUUAUUGCCGGGAUAUCACGAAGUAUAUAUACAAGAGUAUAGAUAUGCUUUCAGAUAAAUACAAUGUUUUUACAAAUCUUAAGAAAUUACUGAUAAAUGGCGUAUUCCCGUUGGUCCCCCCCGGACUGAGCAAUCUUGCUUUUUUUUAGUGAAUUUUUCUGUCGUACUAAUAACUAAACAUACAAAAUUGAUUUUUACUCCGUUCACCUUUAAACUAUCCAGGGGUACAAGGGGAAAUACGCCGAAUGAACUCGUCAAAACGGAAACAAGGGCUUACACGUAAAACACGACUGGCGAGCAUAGUUCGGAAUUGGCAAAGUAUAUAUACCUAAACCUGAAGUAACACAUUGAGUGAACAACCUCCUAAAAAUGUUGAC